AUGGUGGACAUCAUACCCCAAGCAAAGCACCUGCUGUGCGUGCUGCAUGUUAAGCAAAACUUGAAGCGGCUUCUCGCGAACGAAUUUUCUUACUGUGCAGAAGACGAGCUGCAGCAGACCGUUAAUGAUAUCUUCGGUGUUGUGCGGCCAAGCCAGAAUACGUUUAUUAAAGGGCUCAUCGAUGCUUCGUCCACCCGCGAAUUUAACGAACAACUUGCCGCUCUGAAGGAAAUCUGGGAAGCGCGGCAUCCAGGAUUUACCGACCGGUACUUUGACCCAGAUGUCCAAAGCAAGUACAUCCAUAAACUCAUACUGGAAGCACGCGAGCCAGCUGGAUUCGGAGAUAGACUGUGUCAAAAUAACGCGACCGAAACAGCCAAUUCUAUGGUGCGAAAGAAGCUGGAAUUAAAGCCAAAGCGAACGCUGACUGAUCUGGAAACGGUUCGUGGCCUGAAGCGAUUAUUUUUUCAUCAAGAACGGCAAAUGGCGGAAAGCAUUGUUGGGCGUGGUGAAUUCCGUCGCAAGAACGUUCAUGCGACAGCGUGCACGACAGCAGUGCUAUUCCAACCUGACACUUUGAAGAAAGCGUACAUCGACAUUUUUGGAAUCGUUCCGGAUAAUGAUUUGUUGCAGCAUUUGAAACCUGAAGCUUCGAAUGCUUGUGUAGCAUCGAAUCGUGGGAUUGAAUUUCCUAUCAGUUUCGUCGAAGCAACCUUGGCAGACGAACAUCGUUUGGACUGGAACGCUGCGCGCACCAUCCUUCAGCAGCAACGUAUUCGAGAAAAGGCAGAGACGAAAGUUCAGAGAAACAAUUGUGUUGACUACGCUAUUGAUGAGCCAAGAGAUCGCGUGGAAAGAGUUGUGACCUGGAAGACGGGAACAUUUGAAGUUGAUUGCCGAUGUGAUCGCUUUAUGACAAAAGGCAUCUGCUGUCAUUCGAUUGCGGUUGCCGCUUUUGCGGGUAGUCUGCCGAGUUAUUUGGAGAAAUUCCACAGCAGAAGGAAACUUUAUCGGAAAAUUGUUCGCCCCACUUCAAAAGAAAGCGGACGCAAACCAAAAGGAACACGGCGUAAAGUGAUCGACCGAAAAGCAGCUGAAGGUGCAACAAUCCGCAAAGGACGAGAAGAAGUACCAUCAGCGAUUGCUGGUUUAAGCGGUUUAGCGUAUCCAUCGAGCGAGGAACAGCAAACCACGUCCCAACAGAAAGGAAACAAAUUCCCGUGGGAAUUAAAUGUCGGUCCUUUCAAGGUCUGCAGUCUGAAAGGUGGCGGGGGUUUGCGAUCGUACGCUAGUUACCACUGCUGUGGCUGCCGCACACCGUUUUCGCAGCAAACGCCGGAUCUGGAUCUGAUACUUGUGAGGACCGAGCCAAAUUACGACAAAGGAAAAACCGCUGUUAUGCCACCGCGAGACUGUGCGUACCAUCUGAAUAUUGGAUGUGUUCGACGUCGACAUCCAGACAUCAGCCUAGAAAGCCAGAGAUUCGGAGAGGGAGUGAGAAGAGAAAUUGCGUUAACGGAACAGCAGAAAAAAUUGCUUCUGAAUUUUAUGGAGAGCAUUCCCUCCACUGUGCCAUUUCGUACUAGCGUCUAAUUUGUUGUCGAAUGAUUGAUUCUGAUUUCUGAACAAGCACUUGUAUUUGCUUAACUGAAACCAACUUAGGCUUUUGUGUUGGAAUAUUUUUGUUUUGUAUCUGGAUUGCCAAUUCACUUAGUAGU